AUGAGGAGAGAAGAAAACAACUUGGGUUGGUAUGUGACAAAUAGUGAAGAAACAUUACUCAGGAAAGUUGGACACAGCAAUGUAGUCAGCAUCUCAGAGGCUGUGGACCCAAAGUGAAUGAAGUCAGAAAGGAGACGGAGAAUGAAUGGAAGCAGAAAAGAAUGCAUGGCCAGUAUGUGAGAGGAAAGGAAGGUAUUGACUGGGAUAGAACUUGGCAGUGGAUUGCAAAAGGAGAUGUCAAAGGAUGUACUGAGGCCCUGAUAUGUAGAGCCCAGGAAAAAGCUUUAAGAACAAAUUAUAUAUGA